AUGACUGAUGAAGGCGUUACAACAACAAGACGCCGAGUGCUAUCAGAUGAGGAGCUGAAAAAAUUUGUUUUUCAACUGAACGAUGAAGAUCGUCGAACUUUGUUGGCUCGUUUUAGUAAAUGCGGCAGAGAAAAGUUUUUCACUCAAAGCUUACCACUAGCGAUUGCUGUGCCUGGCGCGCUUUACAUAUUUCGCGAACCUAUAUCAAAAGCGUUAAAUAUGCGUCAGUUUAAAAUCUCCUUUUACCUUUUGACAGCGGCUGCUGUAGCUGGGAUUGCGAACUUCCGGGCUUUGCGCGGUGAAUGUAAGCAACGUUCUUUGGCAGAGAUAGAAACUUUAAUUGAAAAGUAUAAUUAUUCUCCGGGCAGCACCCCCAGCUAUGCAGACCUAAGGCUUCAUAAUCGUAAUGCAGCAACUGGUACUCCAGCUUACAGUGCGGAACCAUCACCUAAUUAUCAGUUCGCUAACUCUCCUGUAGGUGGAAUGUCGUAUGAUGAGCUUAGACAACAGAAUCGUGGACUGGAACCAAGAGCUUCCUUAGCUCAACGUGAUAAGCAACUACAAGACUAUGGAGGACGUCCAGAAUCAAUUGAAAAUAUGGUCAAUCAACCUCCGAUGCCCGAGGCAAGAAGUCACGAAGGAAGCUAUGUUCCAGUUGGCUCGAACCAUGUCCCAAAGAAAUUUCUUGGAGGAAGUUCUUCCUUUCAAGACGAUGCGCCUCCACUAAUGUCUGGUACUCCUGUAGGGAAUACUAAAACUUCUUACGGUGAUGAAGGGUUUUCUUGA